CUCCUGAGGAAGAAGGGGAGCGAGUCAGAGAGGAGCCGGCAGGCAGACAGACGCGACUCAGAGUGACCUGGAGAGCCGAGCAUCACACACACUCACUCAGAGCCGGGGAGGGUGACUCACACACUCUGGGAGGCAUGGAGCGACAUGUUGUAUCUUGCAAGCUACUGGUGACAGCUCUUCUCAUCCUGAGCUCAAGGACGGCGCGAUCCGAGGAGGACAGAGACACUCUGUGGGACGCCUGGGGUUCAUGGAGUGAAUGCUCCCGGACCUGUGGAGGAGGCGCCUCAUACUCCCUCAGAAGAUGCCUCAGUUCCAAGACCUGUGAAGGGCAGAACAUCAAAUAUCGCACCUGCAUUAAUGUGGAUUGUCCUCCAGAGUCCGGUGACUUCCGUGCCCAGCAGUGUUCGGCCCACGCAGACGUGCGGUACCAGGGUCAGUACCACGAGUGGCUUCCUGUGUACAAUGACCCCGACAACCCCUGCGCUCUCAAGUGCAAAGCGAAAGGCUCGGGCCUCGUGAUGGAGCUGGCCCCCAAAGUGCUGGACGGGACCCGUUGCUACACCGAGUCUUUGGACAUGUGCAUCAGCGGAGUGUGCCAGAUUGUAGGUUGUGAUCAUGAGUUGGGGAGCGCAGUGAAGGAGGACAACUGCGGUGUGUGCAAUGGAGACGGCUCAUCCUGCAGACUGGUGCGAGGACACUACAAGACCCAGCAUGCAUCAGGAAAAACUGAGGACACGGUUGUUGCCGUCCCCUUUAAGAGUCGUCAUGUUCGCCUGGUCCUGAAAGGCCCGGAUCACUUGUACGUGGAGAGUAAGACCCUGCAGGGGGUGAAAGGUGAGCUGGUGUUGGAUAAAUCGGGGCAGUUCCUCCUGGAGAACACCACCCUGGACUUCCAGAAACUUUCCGAUAAGGAGAUCCUGAGAAUCACCGGCCCACUUGGAGCAGAUUUCACUCUCAAAGUGCAGUUUUCCAGUGGAGCGGACAGUGUGGUGCAGUACAUUUACUACCAGCCCAUCAUCCACCGCUGGAGAGAGACCGACUUCUUCCCCUGCUCCGUCCCAUGUGGUGGAGGCUACCAGCUGACCUCAGCAGAGUGCUUUGACCUCCGGAGCGGCCGGGUGGUGGUGGAUCAGUAUUGCCAUUAUUACCCCGAGAACAUCAAACCCAAACCCAAACUCCAGGAGUGCAACAUGGAGCUCUGCCUGGCCAGCGACGGCUACAAGCAAAUUAUGCCAUAUGACCUCUACCACCCCCUGCCUCGAUGGGAGAGCAGUCCCUGGACGGCCUGCUCCACCUCCUGCGGCGGAGGCAUCCAGAGUCGCUCGGUGUCCUGUGUGGAGGAGGACAUGCAGGGCACCAUCACCACCACUGAGGAGUGGAAGUGUCUCUACUCCUCCAAGACGGCCAUCCUGCAGCCCUGCAACACCUACGACUGCCCCACCUGGCUGGCACAGGAGUGGUCACCUUGCACGGUCACCUGUGGGCAGGGUCUGCGCUACAGGGUGGUGUUGUGCAUCGAUCACAGAGGACUCCAUGCUGGAGGCUGUAACCCCACCACCAAGCCCCACAUCAAGGAGGAGUGCCUGGUGACGGUGCCCUGCUAUAAAUCCAUCGAUACUCUCCCAGUGGAGGCCAAACCUGUGUGGCAGAAGCAGGCCAUCGAGCUGGACGAGGAGGUCAGCGUCGGUGAGGAACCAACGUUCAUCCCCGCUCCCUGGCAGUCCUGCAGCAGGACGUGUGGCGCCGGGACUCAGCGGCGGACCGUGAGGUGCCAGGUGUUGCUGUCCUUUUCCCAGUCUGUGGCCGACCUGCCCGACGACGAGUGUGAGGGGGUGAAGCCCGUGACCAGCCAGCCCUGCUACCGUACGCCCUGCUCCGGUGUUUCGGACAGAGGGAAAGAAAGUGAAAAGGAGGAGGAGGAGGAGGAGACACCCGAGAGAGAGGAGCUGCAUGACUGGGAGUAUGAGGGAUUUACCGAGUGCUCAGAGAGCUGUGGGGGAGGUGUCCAGGAGGCUGUGGUCAUCUGCCUGAACAAGCAGACGAGGGAGGCAGCCGAGCAGAGUCUGUGUGUGAGCACCCGACGCCCCCCCCAGCUGCUGCAGGACUGCAAAACCCAGCCCUGCCCACCCAGAUGGAAAACUGGGGAGUGGAGCUCCUGCUCUGCUAGCUGUGGGGUUGGUCUGAUGACCCGCACUGUGGCCUGCUCUCACCGACCCUCCCGGGACAGCAACCGGACCGAGGUUUUGCGGGAUGAAGACUGUCAGAGCCCCAAACCCAUCCCGGUCCAAGCCUGCAACCGCUUCGAUUGUCCUCCCAUGUGGGACACUCGAGCCUGGGGACAGUGCUCCCAGAGCUGUGGAGGUGGAUUUCAAAGGAGGCAGGUCCUGUGCAAACAGCGGCUGGCAGAUGGCAGCAUCCUCGAGCUGCCUGACACCUUCUGUCCGUCCGAAAGCCCCCCGAGCCAGCAGAUCUGCGCCAAGCUGGAGUGCCCAGCUCGAUGGGUCACCACUGACUGGUCCCAGUGUUCUGUGACCUGUGGAAACGGCAUUCAGAGACUAGAGGCAGUGUGCAGAAGACAAGGGGAGGAUCGGAGACAUCAGAACUUAGACCCCGAGAACUGCUCCCUGCUAGCCCGGCCCACCAAAAUCAGACCAUGCUCCCUCAGGCUCUGUGAGAACCCUCUCAAACCCAAUCCCAUCAUACUGGGCCAGAAGAAGGUGUAUAUCCAGUGGAGGAAGGGGAAAAAGUUACAGCUGGUGGUGGGGGGCUAUGCCUACUUGCUCCCCUGGACGACUGUAGUCCUUCGCUGUCCAACUAGAAACUUCCGCAAAGGCCAAAUCCGAUGGUUGAAGGAGGGAAAGCCCUUAAUCGUCCCUCCGCAUCUCUCCAUGACAUCACUGGGAUACGUGAAGUUUCAGCAGCUUCGUGCAUCGGACGCCGGGAUUUACACAUGUGUCGCAGGUCAGGCACGGGAACAUUUUGUACUUCAGAUCAUCGGCAGCAAACACAAGCUCUCUGCUCCAGCGUCAUGGCUCCUUGGGGGUGAACAACAAAAAGUUAGGGAAACAGACGCAGCCAUGAGAGAAAGAUUUCAGGAGCUACCCGUCCCCCUGAACCGAUACGACAACAUCGUGGAGCAAUUGCUUGAACUCAAAGGCUCUCUCCAAGAUGAGAAAGACCCUGCUGAUAAAACACAGAAGAACCGCUCCACCCUGGAGGACGAGAGAGCCAAUUCAGAACUUUCUAGCCUGCUCGUACUCAUAGCAGACACCCAGAGGCUAGAUGAGAUCAUGCACGACCUCUCUGAAGGAGGACAAAGGGAGGGGCAACUCAUCGCACAGUUGCUCAGUGAGCUCGCUAUCACACAAGGCGAAAACAAUGAGUCUACUCUCCACCCCCCGGAAAAAGCAGAAUCCUCCACACAGGUGCCCCCGCUUAAUAAACCCAGCAUCAAAGCUCCGCGGCUAAGAAGCCCGGUGAUAAUCCAGCGGCCCCGGAAGGUGGGGGUGGUCCCGUCCUCUGAAAUGACUGUACAUGUGGGGGUCCCGGCUCUGCUGCAGAAACCCAUUGCUAGUUUGGAGCUGAGGUGUGAGGCCCUGGGGAACCCCGAACCGUCCCUGACAUGGACAAAGAACGGCAAAGAGCUGCAAUACAACAGCAGAGUAGGCCUGUUGUCCUCCGGCUCACUGAGGAUCCAGUCUCCAAGCAAGCCGGAUGAGGGUCUGUACACCUGCACGGCCAACAAUCGUCUUGGAACAACAUCUCUUUCAUCUUGGCUGCAGAUUACAGGUGGCAAAGGAAGAAGCUGCGUCCAAAGUAAUGGCAUUGGAGCAAAUGGGCCUAUCUGCUCUGAGAGGAGCAACAGCAGCCAGUCUGCAGAGCUGUGCCACGGACAGGCCUGCCCCCUCAGGUGGCGGAUGGACCCCUGGUCACCGUGCUCAGCCAGUUGUGGAGGGGGGUCCCAGAGCAGGAGUGUCCGCUGUCUGAAGGGUCCUGAGGGCCGAUCCAGAGAGGUGGAGAGCCAGCAGUGCCUGGGCAGCGGGAGGAGACCCUCCGACAGCCGGCCCUGCAACCAGCUGCCCUGCGCCCGGUGGGCCUCCACCAGCUGGGGGGCCUGUCAUGGUCAAUGUGUGGGUCCCAGUUUGGCUACACAGCACCGCCAUGUUUACUGCCAGGACAUAAACACCACCAAAGUCCCCUACAGGAUGUGCAGUGGACUCCAGAGACCCGUCUCCCUGAAGAAUUGCUCCACAGAGGCGUGUCUACUCCACUGGCGCGUGGGGCCCUGGACGCCGUGCACCGCCACCUGUGGACGGCACGGCUUCCAGUCCCGUCAGGUGACCUGUGCGCACCGCCGGACAGGGAAGGCCACGCGGGAACAUCACUGCAUGUGGAGGCCCCGCCCCCCCAGCUGGCAGCGAUGCAACAUCCUGUCUUGCGGCAGAGCCGGAGAGUGUCGGGACAGCACGAGGUACUGUGAGAAGGUCCGGCAGCUGGAGCUCUGCACUCUGCCUCAGUUCAAGAGCCGCUGCUGCCAUUCCUGCAAAAACACCUGAGGAGGGCGAGGGGGGGGUUAAGACGAGGGCCAGGGACGACCUGGAGAAGUCGGGGACGGCCAACAGAGACUUAAGACCUGGACGCCCCAUCCUCACACCCACAGCUGUGUCCAGUGGUCAGUGUGGUCUGGAUGUGAAAACCUGAGGAACAAUUGGAUGGUGGUGAUCCACUUCCCUCAAAGAAAUCAUGUGUGGGUUUGAAUUUUCAAAGAUGUGGGAGGAGUGACCUUUAAUGAACUUUUACCUCGCUCAUGAAGCUUUCCUGAAUUAAGCAAACGUAACGUAUGAUACAUUUCCAUUGUGAGUGAUUGAAACUGCUGGUGACUGCGUGGUAUCAUAAAGGGGAACUCAUAAAUCACAUUCAAAACAAGGUGUAUUGACAAGUAGGUUAUUCAUAUACAACCUGGGAUUUUCCAAGUAACAAACAAAAGUAUAUAAACAAUACUGGUAGUUUCAGGGUAUUCCUCAAAUAAAAUAAAAAUAUUUGUGCAAUUAGGCCUAUAAACACAAAUGUGUAAUUCAUUUACUUUUUGUUCAACUAUUGACUUCCCACCCAGGGAUUCUGGGUAGUCCCCUGAGCUUCUGAUAACCACUGGAUAGUUGUGUGUUUUGCCUUUAUUGCAAGGGUGUCCAGAACAGUGUUGAUGAAAAGGUUUGAUGCUAAAUACAUUUGUAAUAAAGAGUUGUGGGUAAACUCUAAACACAGCCUAAUCCUCUGAAGAGAAAUGCCCGUCAUAUCUGAUGAUGGUACAAAUGGUAUCAUCCACAUGGGAAAAGAUUAGGUAAACUAGCACACGUUGUUAUCCAUCGGUCGGGUCAUUCGGAGCGCAAAGGAAGUAUGAUUGCAGAAGUUGUAGCUGCAUGUUUUGCAGAAUAAAAAGUACAUUUUUAUCUUGCAUGGGUUGCACUAUGGAGGUGUACGACUGAAGCAAGUCGAAUUUUUUGAGAAAUACACAUUUAUAUUGCACUCAACUCAUCCAAGUCUUUGUUCAGAACAUUGCUUGCGGGGUUCUUUUUAGUUUGUAAAGUUACAUUGUUUAUAUAUUUUGUGAUUUUGUUUUGUAUUUCGCGUUAAGAUAUUUGUUUAAAUGUCCCUUUAACCACUUUGUGAACAGGGUGUGAGCGUAACUGUUCCUCCUCUCCAACUAAAUCACAUUUUUUUUAGUUUGACAUUUAAGGAAAACGGUUUCAAUUGAAAGACCUUAUGUCAUUUCUUUGACAGAUUUCAGUGUUGAUUGAGCUUAAACAUAAUAUGAAAUCUGCGUUAUAUUUCAAUAUCGGUUAAAACAUUAGGGAGCUUUUUAAAGAUCAUUACUUGUGCCAGAUCGGCAGGGUUUGCACUUUCUGACUUUUUCCCCCCGAGUUCCUUGAUGCUUCAUCAUCAGAUACCUUCGCAGGUGUGGUUAUUUGAUUUUGUCAAAGUAAAAACAUGAAAAACAUAUGACCUAUGCUCUUAAGUUAUGUAGAUAUUUGGUAUGUCCUUUUAACUAUUUAUUUUCAUGUGUGUUCUUGUGCAUAGUUUUGUAAAUAAUUGCAGGGGUGGGUUUUAAGUAGUCAUUUUCCAACAGUUUUUGGGGUAUUUCAUGUGCAUGCAAUAGGGACCCUCUGCUGGUGAACUGAUGUGUUGCUUUCUGCUCAUGCCUGGUUUAUCAUUUAAUAAAGCCAAAUACAUUCCUUUUA